AAAAUAUUUAUGUUCACAUACAAUGUAUCUUCCAUAUAUUCAUUUUGCUAUUUUCAAAUUUAUUUUAAUAUAUCUUUACAAUAUAUUAGACACACAGUUACAUGUAAUGAUGAUGCCUUACGAAAGAUUAUCAGAAUAAACAUUAAAAUCUCUUCACGUAGUAGGCAUUUCUCAAGUAAUUUGUCUCAGAUUUCUCCCUUGCCCUCUCAUUAACAUCAAACCUCAUAUAUUUUUUUACAUUGCUGAUGCAUAGAAUAAAGACAAGGAAUAAGCUUACACGUAUUUUUUUCCAAAUAAGCAUAUGAAAAGUAAGUCUGUUUCCAGAGGUCUGAAAUCAAGUACUCGCCUAACUCGACCCAUCAUAAAUUUUCCUUUUAUGUCUACAAAGUAUUCCAUAUGGGUACGAUCUUCUACACUCGACAAGCGAACAUACCUUCGUGUGUAUUACUUUUAACUUUUUAAAAAAUGUUUGGUCGCUAGGUUUAGUAUUAAUUUGAAGGUUUUUUAGAUUUCUUAAUGUUAGUUUCAUACCCAAUGUUAUUUUUAGAGUUAUAUUGCCGGCAUGCGUUCUUAUGAUUUUUUUGCUUCUCUAAAUAAAACCACAAACCCUUCAGAUCAAUAUGUAUGAUUUCUUUUUCACUCUCUUUUCAUAUAUUCAAAAUUCUUUGCCUCUAAAAUUUUGUCAAGAUAUUGAACUUACAUGAAAGAUGUGUUGUAAAUAUGGCUUUUGGCCAAAGGAAAUCAUCAAAAAAAAACAUGAAUAAAAGGAUAACAAGAUCCACUACCUACUUCCCAAGUUCAAAAACUUUGUAAGUUCUUUAGGGCAAAUUUAUCAAAUGAUAUUGCAUAGGGCAGACAAAUUUAUCAAACUUUGUAAAUUCUUUGUAUAAACUAAAAAGAAAAAUACAUCAUCACAUUAUCUGUCCGUAGGGCGGACACGGACCUAGUAAUCCAAAUAAAAAGAGCCUAUAUUCAACAAUCAUAAUAACAACUAGUUCCGCACUCAUUCAUAAUUUGUGCGUAACACUGUUACCAAAACAUGCGACGCUAUAAGCUCCAAAAAUAAAGAUUGCUAAAAAAAGAAAAAGAGAUCUAUGAAUGAACUCAACGAAUGGUCCCACCCCGCACCAUUCCAAAAAUAUUUGAGUGUAUAUAUAUCUUUUCUUCUAGAUCAUUGUCUUUAUAAACCCCUUUUCACAUGUUCUUUCCUCAUAACAUCAAUAGCCUAGAGUACAAAACCUAUUUUCUCCCAACUUGCAAGCUUCAUGCUCUUAUCACUCCUUGGAUUCCUUGCUCCAUCAAUUCGUUCAAACUAUAUUAUAGUUCCUUUCAAAUUGUCUUGUUCAAAUUGUGUUGUACGUAUACACACACACGUCUUGUUCUUUGGGGUUUGUGUGUGAGUACAUAGUUUAUUGCAAAAGUUGAUAUAUAGGAUGUAUGGAAAGGGACCGGCUCCACCGGAAACGUCGGCGGAGGAGUAUCCAUCUUGGAAUGAGUCUGAUGUCACCGCUAUGAUGUCCUCUUUCAGCAAUGUCAUCGAGUAUCCGGCAGCCGACGGACACAAAAUGUCAGACCCGCCGGUCAAACAAGAGCUUGAUAAGUCGGAUCAACUACAACAAGACCAAGAUCAACCAAGAAAAAAACACUAUAGAGGCGUAAGGCAGCGACCAUGGGGCAAAUGGGCGGCCGAGAUCCGUGACCCAAAGAAAGCUGCUCGUGUAUGGCUCGGGACUUUUGAGACAGCAGAGGAAGCCGCUUUGGCCUACGACCGAGCCGCCCUCAAAUUCAAAGGCACCAAGGCUAAGCUCAACUUCCCUGAACGCGUCCAAGGUCCUUCGACCACAAGCUACGUCGCAUCUCAAUCCAGCUGUGAUCAUCCCCCAAGAGGUGGCAAUGAAUUAAUGAACACCGCCCCUCCUCUGCUUGGUCCAUCUACUACUCCUACUUCGUGGCCAGCGGAUUAUAAUCAGGACAUACUUCAAUACGCUCAGUUGCUUACGAGUAACAAUGACGUUGAUUUAUCGUACUACACGUCGAGUCUCUUUAGUAGUCAGCAACAGCCUUUCUCAACGCCUUCAUCAUCAUCUUCUUCCUCGUUAACUUCUCAACAGAUGCAACAGCAGCAGCAGCGUGAAGAGGAGAAGAACUAUGGUUACAAUUAUUAUUACUACCCAAGAGAAUAAUCUCAUUAUUAUUGUUGGUCGAAUAAGUUUCUUAUAAAUCUCUAUCAUAAAUUCGUAGAAGCGAGUAAAUUGCAACGAAACUUUGGUUGGAUGAGAGACGUGUGUAACACUUUGUUUUUUCUUAAUUGUUAGUAAAAUUUGAAAAUACUGAUCAGUCAUGUCUUAUGUGUAAAACAAUGUUUAAUUAUUAAUAAAAAUCAGUCACUUCGUGUGAACCCUCCUCUGGACUUGCACUCAACCGCUACCUGGAUUCUGACCAAUCAGUCUCCAAACUCUGCUCAGUCUACUACUGUUCUCAAGAUCAUCUUCCAAGCUACAAUCUAUCUCCUAUGGAAGGAGAGAAACGCAAGAAUCUUCACUGGUGUCUCUACUUCAACGUAUUUGUCACAGCAUCGACUGCUUAACUCGUGACCGCCUCCUAUCCAUCCCAAACAACUCGCCCACAGCCUCCUCUCUACUAAGGUUCUAUUUUUCUUCUAUUAGGCCACCUCGAUGGUUUCUCCACUUGUAUUGGGUUGUUGUUGUUUCUAUUUAAGUUUCUGCUUUUGUGUAAUAAGUUGUUUGUAACAUUCUCAAAAGAAAAUGGUGUGGAUUUUAACAUUUUAUCCCAAAAAAUCAUUUUUACAUAAAAUGUUCAAAUUUAAAUCAUUUUAUUUGGUCGCUGCAGACAUACUGAUCAAUUUAUCUGUUCUUUAAAAAAUCAAAUUACUAAUCAAUAAAAGAUGCAUUUUUAUUUUAUUUUAUUUGCUAAAAUUUGGAAGGAUGUAUAUUUACAAAAGUGGAAAGAAAAAAUUUGGGAAAGAAUUAGACAGAUGUAAUAGAAACCAAAGCUUUAGACAUAAAUGAUAAAACAAAUUUAAUUGAACUGCUUUUAGGAUUUCGAAGUAUAUUCCUCUUUUGUUCGUACAAUAUCAUUGUCACUGAACAUAAAUGAUAAAAUAACGGCAAUAAUCGGAAAUUUAUUAACUCUUAAUAUUAUAUGACCAAUGAUAAUAUACUUUUUAUUUUAUUAUUGGUUGAUUUGGUUAUGUAAAUAAUUAAUGAUGUUUUUGUUUA